AUGCUGGAGGCCCCUGUUCCCCUCGCUCGUUCGCCUUGGCGGGAUACGGGAUUCUCGUUCUGCUGCGUCAUGGAAAAGGAUUGUGCCGUGGACAGUGCUGAACACUGGGGCGGGGUGAGGCUGUGCAUGAAACCCAAAUCGAGCGUCGCAGCCGAAGUAACGAGCUUCCAGGCACAAGUGGAGACGAAUGCGAAGAUCGUUUCCGUCUGUCUCAACCUCUGCUCCUGUGGUGCUUCUGUUUCCGGUAAACUGUUGACUUCUUGUCAGUUCCGACACGGAGAAACAGAAAAGAGGGAGACCCAUGAUCCGGAACCUCACCCAGCCGAAGCUCGUGUCACUGCGUUGUCGCCCUUUCCGACCGACCACCUGCAUGGCUGCCACACUUCAGCACCGACGUCGCUGGCGAGUUUGAUACUUUACCAUUCGCUUCUCUCAGCUGAAACCCUCCAAGUCCCGGGGGCGCAAAGAAAGAUCGAGUCUCUGAAGCCUCGAUGUUUCAACCCAUUGAUGGUUGGGAUUAACGAUGACGAUGCCGCCUGA